UCCAUGGAGUCUAAUGAUCUGGGAUUUCUCCCUGGAACCUCCUACAGUUUGGUUUUGUUAUAGUCUAGAUGUUGACGUAGUUUUUGGGGUUUCUUAUUUUAAAUAAGGAGAGAGGUUUAGUUGAUUUUGUUUUUCUUCUUUUAUUUAUUAAUUUUCUAUUAGUUAGGAGCUGGCAUACGUUGAAGAUGUUACAGAAAUUGCCAAAUCCAAGUCGAUUUGGAGUUGGCUUUUGUAGGCCAUUCAUGUGAUUAAAUACAAGCAUUCUAUGGAUUCCAUGCAGCCACCGGAUUGCUCUGAUUAAAUCAUAAGUUUCAGAUACAUAUUUAUAGCUUUAUACUAUAGCAAGAAGGGGAAAAGAUUUAGAAAAAGUUUCCCAAAGGAAUUCCACCUGAAUUCGGAAUCCUAAGAAAUGAGUUGUUUUUCAUGUUUUUCUUCUCAAGACAAGAAGGCUAGAAGGCUAAACAAUCCCAGCAGAAGGACGCAGACUUCUUAUUAUGCCGCCCCCCCAAGAGAAGCUCUUCCUCCCCAGCAAAGCCUCGAGAAUAAUCCUAAGCCAAAGACCUCGGCACCUGAGCCUACAAAGAAUACUGAUGCCCCUAAAGCUACCGGUAACAACAACAUUGCAGCACAAACUUUCACCUUCCGAGAAUUGGCCACAGCAACCAAGAAUUUUAGACAAGAAUGUUUGAUUGGGGAAGGUGGAUUUGGGCGGGUUUACAAGGGAAACCUCGAAAAAACAGGCCAGGUUGUAGCUGUAAAGCAACUUGAUAGAAACGGAUUGCAAGGAAACAGAGAAUUUCUUGUUGAGGUGCUGAUGCUAAGCCUGUUGCACCAUCCAAACCUAGUCAAUCUGACCGGAUACUGUGCCGAUGGAGAUCAGAGGCUUCUGGUUUAUGAAUACAUGCCAUUGGGAUCUCUAGAGGACCAUCUACUUGAUAUUACACCGGAUCAAAAGCCAUUAGAUUGGUACGCCAGAAUGAAAAUAGCAUUAGGUGCUGCUAAAGGUUUAGAAUAUUUGCAUGAUAAGGCGAAUCCCCCUGUCAUCUAUCGCGAUAUGAAAUCCUCCAACAUCUUGCUGGAUAAAGGGUUCAAUGCAAAACUCUCCGAUUUUGGGUUAGCAAAGCUAGGACCCACUGGGGACAAGACACAUGUAUCUUCCAGGGUCAUGGGAACAUAUGGAUAUUGUGCCCCUGAGUAUCAAAGAACAGGGCAGUUAACAGUGAAAUCCGAUGUUUACAGUUUCGGAGUUGUCUUAUUGGAGUUAAUUACUGGAAGGAGAGCCAUUGACACCACAAGACCAAACAAAGAACAAAAUCUAGUUACAUGGGCUGAACCAUUGUUUAAGGAACCAAGGAGGUUUCCGGAACUCGCUGAUCCACUUCUUAAAGGAGAUUUCCCUGUAAGAGGCUUGAACCAAGCUGUCGCAGUUGCAGCCAUGUGCUUGCAAGAGGAAGCAUCCGUACGUCCCUUGAUAAGCGAUGUGGUCACUGCUCUCAGUUUCCUCGGAAAUGGUCCAGAUGCCAACACUGCUACUUCCUCUUUUCCUUCUCUGGAAUCUGAUCAGCAACCAAUAUUUGGAAACGGAGCAAGUUAUAUUGAAGAUAGUAAGAAAGAACGCCAACGAGCCGUGGCAGAAGCCAUAGAAUGGGGUUCCUCUUCGAGGAACACACAAUCACAAACUCAUAGUUCGUUGUUGUAG